CACACCGUCUGGCAGCACUGUUCAGUACGAGACGAACACGGAACGAAAACUUUUUUUUGGCCGCAUAACAAAUCAAAUCAAGCCUAAAAGAUGCGUAUUUCCUCGAUCCUGAACGGAGCCCACUUUGGCAAUCUUGCCAAGGUCCAUGGCAUUGUCACAUACAAACUGUCUCCGUUCGAGCAGCGUGCCUUUGCCGGCGCCAUCAGCAACGGUCUGCCCAACAUGGUGCGUCGCUUCCGCUCCAAUGUGUUCCGUGUGGCUCCACCCUUCAUUGUGGGCUACUUGAUCUACGAUCUGACCGAGCGGAAACAUUCUGCUUUGCUGCGCAAGAAUCCCGCUGACUUUGAAAACGACGAAUAAGUGCUGGCUAUAGCUUACUUAUUAUCCUGUAGUUGGGAGUUCACGUUAGCAAAUAGUUAUGUUAAACUAAAUUAAUAAAACUCAACCCACAGUUCAAGAGCGAAA